AUGAUCCGAUCGCAAAGGAUAUUGCUCGCGUUGGGGCUCUUCGCGAAGCAAUGUGUGGCACAAGCGGCGGGGUGGCAGGCCGGCCAGGUGAACACAACCAUGUGCUACUGGGAUUCGCCUCGAGCUGCUGUAAUUCGAGAUACGCUUUAUAUCGAUGGAGGUUUAUUGUGGUGGAAGCCGGGGAUGAAUGAUGGAUCAUAUGGCGCUCCCACAUCUGAUGGGAACCCGCUUGGAUUAGUCUACCUUUUGAACUUUAGCACGCCGUUCGAUACUUCGCCAGGGCAGAAUCUCAGCUUGACAGCCUUUACAAACAUAUCAAAGGCUUCAAAUGGCGGGGCGGCAAACAAUAUCGGACCCCAGUACUACGAUGGGACAAUGUUCGCUAAUGACUACGAAUGGAUUACAUAUGGGGGACUUUUAUCCCCAACAGACGCCUUCAAAGCCCCGGGGGAAGAUUCAGUUCCCGCAUAUCAACAAUAUCCUCAAGUGCAAAAACAAUUCUCCUCUGGAUACGUCCUCGGCACAACGUCAACGGGAACUACAAGAUAUGUUACAAAUGGCGCCGGCGUUAGCGUUCCAUCAGAAAAUCUUGGAUUCUACAUGGGAGGUUUGAAAUCCCCAACCAGUGGUCCAAUAUACUAUCAACCGCCCCCUAUAAAUAGCUCCGUCGGGGCCAGCGUUUUGUCCGACACUUUGAUACAAGUGGAUAUGAGUACCGAGGGCCAGGAAACCUGGACCAACAGUUCCUUACCAACCAGUGUUCCCGGUCGUGCUAAUGCUGAACUUGUGUGGGUACCAGUCUCUGAGAAGGGAGUUAUUGUUGCUAUAGGGGGUGUGAUUAAUCCUGUAUUCGCUAAUAUCAACCUAACCCUAAACGCAUCCGAUACUGCUGAUAGUAAGGCUCAAAGCCCCAAAUUCAUGUCAACGGUGUCUGUUUAUGAUAUUGCAAAACAAAGUUGGUAUGAGCAAGCUACCACCGGCAGUCCGGGUCAAUUGACGCAAGGGUGUGCGGUUCUCGCAUCUGCACAAGAUGGCACAAGCCAUAACAUCUACUGGUAUGGAGGCUUUGACGGAAUCAAUAUCAAUGGAAACUUCAGCGACGAUGUCUGGAUUUUGUCGAUUCCAUCAUUCAUGUGGAUGAAGGUCAAUUCUGGAGUAUCAACCCACGCCCGCGCAGGACAUCGAUGCAUUAAGCCUUAUCCAGAUCAGAUGUUCGUUAUUGGUGGUUACGCAUCCUUGCCUGAUGAUUCCCCCCCUACAUGUCUUGACGGUAACCUGAUCCAAAUCUUCAACUUGAGCAGUUCCGAAUGGAUCACUUCAUACAAUCCUAAGAACUGGAGUAAUUAUACGGUUCCUUCAAUGAUAGCUGCCAUGAUCGGGGGUACUGGAACAGGCAGUGCGACUCAGACAGCACCAUCGCCAAGCGGGUUUUCAGAUAGCUCCUUGAAGGCUCUAUUUGCAUCUCCAUACAAUUCAUCCAAAAUUGUGAAUUGGUACCCUUACAAUCCAAGUACGACGCCAGAGCCCCGAACCACCAUUCUUCCAACCUCAGUCUCCAAGUCUGGAGGAACACCGUCAUACCUAGCACCAGUCUUAGGAGUCGUCCUCGGCCUAUUCUUCGUCACCCUCCUCCUCAUCGCAUUCUUGCUAUGGCGUAGACGCAGAAUCUUCAAGCAAAACGGUACCGGCACCCAAAGCGAAGCAGGAACACUAGACAACCGAAGAUGGGUAACGAAUUGGCUACGCGCCACACCCGUAGAUGCAAAAGCGCCGACUGUGACCACAGACGACACGCCGUCUAGUCCGGAUCCGUAUGGAGAGGAUUUCAGCAGGACCGACAGAACGGACAGGACAGACAUACCAGAAAUGGGAGGUUCGCAAGUCCACGAAAUGAUGGAUACCUCUAUGCCCACCGAGCUCGGCGCAGCACACGACACAGGAUUCGUGCCCCUCGCAGCAGCCGGCGCAGGUGCAGCAGCCAAAGGCCGCAGGGGAGUCACGCACUCGCCAUCAACAGGCUCGCACGCCUCGCAAGCAAGCUCCAUCUCCGGCAUAUCGCGCACCUCAGUCCCGCGCCCCGGACUCUCACCCGUACACCAAGCGCGCGCCGAUUCGCCUCCUCUAGGCGGAAGUCCAAGUGCUGACGCCAUUGUUUCCGUCGCCAGUAGCAGCCACUUGCGCGGCAUCAGCGAUACGUCGGUCAGCACCGACGGAGGAGCAUACGCUACACCUAGCGAGGGUUUGGAUCGCGCCCGCAGAGACCUAGCUGCGUCGGCGCCAGAGGGGAAUACGCGACCCAAUGUCGUAAGUCCGCUUACCUCUCCGGAAAAUCCAGCACAGGAAUCGAGUGAUUAUUUGGCGGCUUCGCCUAGCCCACCUCCAAAUUCUUCGAAUAGGAAAAGCCAGUUCUCGGAAAAGUUAGACGAGGCCGGUGGCGAGAAGUGA